CUCAUACGAGGUUCAACGAAACAAAAGCAAAGCAAAGCAAAGCAAUUUUUGAGGUUGUGUCUGAUUCCAAUUAAGAAUCAGCAUGAGUGCAUCAACAAAAGCAUGGGUGGUGGCUUCAAGCAUUGGAGCAGUGGAAGCCUUGAAAGAUCAACUAGGUGUUUGCAGAUGGAACUUUGCUCUGAGGUCACUGCAGCAACAUGCGAAGAACAACAUCAGAUCCUAUGGUAAAGCCACGAAAGUGUCCUCUGCUGCAUCUUCUGCUUCAGUUCCCAAUAAGAUGAAGAGAAGCAAAGAAGAGUCAAUGAACAAAGUCAUGGAAUUCAAUUGCUGGGGUCCCUCUACCACCAGAUUCUAGAUCUGCAUGAUUCAAUCCUCAUUCUGUAUCUACUUUCAAUCUUCUUCCUCUGCAAAAACUACUUACCUAAUUCAUCCAAUCCUAGCUACUAAAAUGGAUACCAAGAAAAGUUUAGCUGUAUUUUCCACUACCCUAUGGCUAGAGGAUUCUGGAUUUGUGUUCAAGUGUGUAACUUUUUUUGUAGUUUACCCAGAAAUAUUUCCCAAUAGACACUACACUAAUCUGUCAUUCACAUCAUCA